AAACGCAGCCUAAUGCCAGAGGGCAAAAAUGAACAUUUCGACCCGACUGUAAACAGAAACAUCAGUUGGAAUCAAUUUUCCCUCUUUCUCCUUUCUCCAGAGUCUUCAGCGGAUAACUCACAAAUUUACGGCACUAAUACGACACAGCUACCGUGUAUAUACGCCGUAUAUGAAUCAGUCGACGCACUUUUGUUGAACAAUUGAGGGAGAAUCUACGAGAACUGCCAGGAGAAAGUUUUAAGUGACAAUGCAGACGAGAACAGUUGAAGUGAAGCGAGUAUCAGAUCUGGCGACGGAGAGAGAAGUCCAUGAGUUCUUUUCUUUUUCCGGUGAAAUUGAACACAUUGAGAUCCGCAGAGAGCCAGGGCAGUGCAAGACCGCGUUUGUUACAUUUAAAGAUCCGAGGGCGCUCGAAAUCGCCUUGUUACUAUCAGGUGCAACCAUAGUGGACCAGAUUGUUAGCAUAACACCAGCAGAAAACUAUGUACCACAACCUGAGAUUCGGGAAGUAAGAAUUGUUGACAAUGCUGUAAGCAUGUCUCAGGAGAACACUUGCCCAGCUGCUGAGGGAAAAAUGAGUCCAAAUAAUGGGAGAGUGUAUGUCAGUAAAGCCCAGGAUGUUGUGUCAAGCAUGCUUGCAAAAGGUUCCGCUAUUGGACAAGAUGCUAUGAAUAAGGCUAAAGCAUUUGAUGAGAAGCAUAAGUUGAGGGCCAGUGCAUCUGCAAGAGUGACUUCCUUUGACAGGAGAGUUGGGCUGACCGAAAAGCUUACAGUUGGAAUUUCAGUUGUAAAUGAGAAAGUGAAAUCUGUGGAUCAAAAAUUUCAAGUGUCGGAUAAAACUAUGUCAGCUCUUAUGGCUGCAGAAAGGAAAAUAAAUGAUACUGGAUCAGCUGUUAAAUCUAGCAGGUAUGUGACAGCUGGAACAGCUUGGUUGAAUGGUGCUUUCAACAAAGUGGCAAAAGUUGGGCAGGUAGCUGGUACAAAAACUAGAGAGAAAUGGAAUUUGGCACUGUCCAAUUUGACGGCUAAGGAUCCUCCUAUUGCAGCCUGAACCAUGGAUUUGGAGUUGUAGAAUGCUUGGCUGUUUUUGGAUGGUUUGUUUUGGCAUUGUUUUAGUUUAGAGAUAUCCUACCUGCAGUCUGGAGCUUCAUCCUUGUAAGAAUAGAACAAACUUGCUCUUGCUCCAUUCAUCAUCUGCAGAUUGAUGUGAGUCAAUGGAUCUUUCUACACUUCGUUGUGCAAUUCAUUUUCAUUGUUUAAGUUUGUUGUUCAACAUUGUGUGUGAUCCUCAUAUCUAUAACUUCUCAGCAUCAAUGUAGACAUUGCAUUAAUUAAAUCCUAUUGCCAUUGCAUUAGUCCAA